GACAUCCCGCUGAUUGGCUGUGCAUCUCACCGCUUUAACUUCGCGGUGAACAAGUACCUGGAGGACUACACGGACGAGGUGAGCGCAGUGAGCGCGCUGAUGCAAGCGUUGCGCACCAUCAACAAUCGCGCUGCGUUGAAGGACGAGACGAAGCUGUCGCCGCUGCGCCCGAACGUGACCCGUUGGGGCUCAACCUUCAAGAUGUUGGCGCGCUAUGUUCGUAUCCGGGACGAUAUCAAGCAAGUAGAGGCUGUCUUCGAUCUCAUCCCCAAGGCGGCAAUGCACGAACGUAUCAAGAGCCUUCUCGAGGACCUACGGAUUUUCGACAGCGUCACCGUUGCACUCCAGUCCGACGACCUGUCACUUGCAGAUGUGCGUGUGCUUUUCGACUCUAUUGUUGAGCGCUUUCCGCUGCUGAAGCCAAAGCUCGGCCCCACGGCAAGCAUCGUACACUCUCCCAGCUUCGAGACGGCUGCUGUGAAGGUAUGUUAUUAUUUUCAGUAA